GAGGAAGAAACAUCCUCCCACUGCAGACUUACCAAACCACCUGCAACCUCUCCUCACUUUCUCUCCGUAUCAACUCGACUCCUCCACAUCAAACGACUUAUCGCCUCAACCCAGCCACCGGGCUAGAUGGUCAAAUCAUGACGACUCCUGAGCUACGCCGGCAGGUAAUUAACGUCUAUAAAGAGCUUCUCAACCUAGGCCGGAAUUAUCCUCUCGGAUAUGAGUAUUUCAGGAAUAGGCUACACAAGGCUUUUUCGGGCCAGGCGCAUCUGAGCGAUGAAGAGGAGAUUCGCAAGGCUAUCGGGAGGGCGGAAUUUGUGAGAAAGGAGGUCGAGGCACUGUACUACCUAAAGCGGUACCGUACGCUGAAACAGCGCUAUGAAAACAAUUAAGGCCCGUUCUUUUCGAGCUCGUCUCCAACAAAUUUCCAAGGAACAUAUACAGUGAAAAGACAAAAAAAUAAUAAUAAUAGACUCGGGGUAUC